AUGCAAUUCAUUGAAGAAUAUGCUUCUAAUUUCGAAUCUAUCUAUAACAAGCAUGUGUAUUUGGAAGGGAAGCAACUGAAUCUAGAAAUAUGCAACCCUUGUUCUCAAGCACAGAAAGCAAAAUUCUCCCUCACAAGUGAGAUUCACUGGGCAGAUGGGUUUGUUAUUGUGUUUGACAUCAGUGAUAGGUCUUUGCUUGCUUUUGCAAGAGUUCUGAUCUACAGAACUCAGGAGUCACAAACUAGUCAUUGCAAAAGAGCUGUGGAAUUAGCUUUUGGUUGCCAACAAGCAAGAUCUCUGUCAUGUGUGAGAGAGGUUGGCUGGGAAGAAGGGCAAAAGCUGGCAUUGGACAUCCGGUGCCAAUUCUGUGAACUGACUGCCACAGAGCAGUCUCUUGAGGUAGAAAUGAUGUUUAUCAGAAUUAUCAAGGACAUCCUGGCAGGCUGUUCAAACUCAAAGGACAGAGAUGACCCAGUGGAUCUAAAUCAAUGACCAAAUUGAUCAAUAAUGUAUUUGGAAAGAGAAGGAUAUGUGUUUAGUAGACAUGUGAUCUUAGGAGAUUUAUUAUAUCAGAAAGCUUCGAACAUUAACAUGAUAAUUAAAGUAAUGAUUUAUAUGCAAUUACUGCAAAAAUAAUUCUCUUGCUGAUAUGAAAUGAUUGAGUAUGAACCACAGCUGUGUUUUUAAAUGCAUAGUUUGCCUUUU